AUGGAAAAAUCUAAAAUAUCUCGAGAUUGCCGCGCUUGCGGCAAGUUUAUUUACAACGCCACAUCCAAGAACCUCUUCCAAGAGCCUGACAACAUAAUGCUGAAUCAAAUUGAAGCCCUAACGGGUUUAUUUCUACUCGAGCAACCGAAUUUCCCAGCCCGUAUUUGCGGGCCCUGCGAGGUGUCUCUGAGGGAAGCCGUGCGCUUUCGGGAGCGUGUCAUCCAGACGCAGAAGUUGCUCCAGAGCGGUUCCACCGAGCCAGAGGCUGUCGAGGAGAUCUACUUGGACGCAACUGGACACAAGUCUAAGGAGGAAGCAGAUGAGGUGUCCGAUUCUGAGAGCGAGGAGAAAGACGACAGUCAAUGUGUGGCGUCGGUAGAACUGGUGCCCCUAGAAGAGGAUGAGGAUUCUGUUGUGGUGGCACCGGAAGAUGUGAAGCUUGAUUCGACUCCUCCAGCUAAGCCCGGUAUCGAAACGAACCCAAAACUCGCCAGAGGCCAACCACCCCCACGUGGCUCCACCGUUUACGCAUCGAUGACGUUUGCUGACAACAGCAAGAGCCGGAACCUACCACGCACCCAAUGGGACAAGCUCACCGAGGAGGAGACGGUGGCCCUAAAGCGGGAGCGCCGCAAACGAGACUGCAUAUGCGAGCAGUGCGGCCGGCAUUUCUCCUGCCCCAGCAAUUUCAAAGUCCACCUCCUGCGGCACUCGGGAGUGAAGAAUUUUGCCUGCGAGCAGUGUCCACAGACAUUCUAUACGGCCCAUCUUCUGCGGCGCCACGAGAUGCUGCACCGGGGCGAGCGUCCGUUUCCCUGCCAGUACUGCAAUAUGUCAUUCAACAACUCCAGCGGACGCAUCCAGCACGAACGCAUUCGCCACACCAACAUCAAGCCCUACAAGUGCACGGAGUGCGAAAAAUCCUUUGCUGUGAGUGGGAAACUCAAGGCGCACAUGCUUAGCCACACGGGCGUACGGUCUUUCCACUGCGAACUGUGCAAAGUGUCGUUCAUACGUCGGCCCCAUCUACAGGCCCACUUCCGGUCGAAAAGCCAUGCCCAGAACUCGCAUGCCCACGAGUCCGCGGCCAAAGCAUUGGAAGUCGAUGUUGAGACCCUUCUUCAGUAGAAUCUCUAGAUAAGCAUAGUUUGUAAUGUUCCAAUUAAAGUCAUAUGUAUAGUUGAGAAGAAAUCUCGUCGAUCCACCUAUUGC